AGGAGUAUCAGUGUGGACCGUGUGAUGGAGAGAGUCAUGGAGCGUCAUUAUGACUUUGACCUGACCUACAUCACCGAGGGGAUCAUCUCCGUGUUCUUCCCCCCUCUGCUGGACGAGCAGCGCUACCGUCUCAACCUCAAGGAGGUGACCGCCAUGCUCAGGUCCAAGCACCAGGAUAAGUUCCUGCUCUUCAACCUCUCUGAACGACACCGUGACAUCACCCGCAUGAAUCCAAAGGUCCUUGACUUCGGCUGGCCUGACUUCCAUGCCCCUCCCCUGGACAAGAUCUGUGCCAUGUGUAAGGCCAUGGAGACGUGGCUGACCUCCGACCCCCAGCAUGUGGUGGUCCUGCACUGCAAGGGCAACAAGGGCAAAACAGGAGUGAUUAUUGCAGCCUACAUGCACUACAGCAAGAUCUCUGCAGGGGCAGACCAGGCCCUCAGCACCCUGGCCAUGAGGAAGUUCUGCGAGGAUAAGGUAUCUUCCUCCCUCCAACCGUCCCAAAACAGGUAUAUCUACUACUUUGGGGGGCUCCUCUCUGGGGCGAUCAAGAUGAACAGCAGUCCGCUAUUCCUCCACCAGGUCCUCAUCCCCACGCUUCCUAACUUCCAGGGCAAAGGAGGUUACUUCCCCUUCCUGAAGCUUUACCAGUCCAUGCAGCUGGUCUACACCUCAGGGAUAUAUGACUUGCAGGGUUCUGUGGGCAGAAGACUGUGUGUGACCAUUGAGCCAGCACUGCUGCUGAAGGGAGACAUCAUGGUGAAGUGUUACCACAGACGGGCCCAGGGUGCAGAGAGGGACACAGUGUUCAGACUGCAGUUCCACACCUGCACCAUCCACGGGGCCCAGCUAUGGUUCGGCAAGGGGGAGCUGGAUGAGGCCUGUACUGAUGAACGAUUUCCCUCGGAUGCCACUGUGGAGUUUGUCUUCUCCUCUGGACCAGAGAAAAUGAAAGGGCGUGAGUACCAGAGAAAUGACCCUGCUGUCACAGUGGACUACAACACAGCUGAUCCAGUGGUGCGCUGGGACUCCUAUGAGAACUUCAAYCAGCGCUACCAGGACAGCCUCGAUGACAUAGCCCACACCAGGGGUCCAGUGGACGGAAGUCUGUACGCCCAGAUAAAGAAGCGUCUCUCAGCCCCAGGCUCUGGCUCCCUGACCUCCACCAAUGGCAGUCCAGCAGGCACCAGCGAGGAGAGGCCCAGUCAGAACCAUCUGCUCUCUCCCAGCUCUGACUCUCUCACUCACUCCGGCCACUCGUCUGCCCUCCCAGAGCGGCCAGAGGAGUCCCGAGGGCUCCCGCCACCCACCCGGCAGGAGAGAGAGGACCUGGACCGACUGCUGGGGGGCAUCGAGGGGGAGAGGGAUGGCCUGGACAGAGAGAGGGAGACUGCCAUCCUGGACGAUGGGGACUCGUCCUCGCCGUCUGAGCAGACAGGCACCCUGAGGCUGGACCGCUCCUGUUCUUGCCGGGUGGGCUACCACUCCCAGCGCUGUGCCGAGCCCGGCUGUGACCGACUCCACCUCAUGUCCAGCGGCUACUGCCGGGACAGAGCGCCGGGCACCAACGGCCACCCUGGGUCACCGCCCUUGACUAACCCUGCCACCGUCCCCUCACACAUGGACCUGUGUCAGCACUACAGCCCACACCCUCACCCCCAUCAGGCCCUGCCUCCCCCUGACCUGGUAUGGAAUCGCCAGCAGGACCCUCCACACUACCUGCACCGUGAGGGACCCUCUCGUCACCCCUCUCUGUGCCCCUAUCCAUCCCAGGACCUGACCUCUCACCCCCACACCCUUCAUCCCGGGCGCCUGCUCUGUAGAAGUGAUGACUAUGGUCCGUACCACCACCCUCCCUCACACACCCACCAUCACCCUCACCACCCCAAGUCCUCCGGGUCCUACCAAGAUAUGCUGCUGCUGGACGGCCUGCCGCCCCCUAGCUGCCCCUGCCGGGACUGCCUCAUCAGGAGGGAGGAUUCAGCCUUCCACGGCCUGCGGCUGGAGCGAGGAGAGAGCUUCCACUGGGACAGAGAGGCAGAACUGCAGCAUCGGGAAGCAGGGCUAAGGAGAGUAAGGGAAUCUGAGCUGCCUAGAGGGGCAGAGAUGCACUGGGAGAGGGAGGCAGCAGGACUGAGAAGAGGCAGGGAGAUGUCACUGCACUGGGAGAGAGACAGGGAGGCAGAGCUCCAAUGGGAGAGGGAGAGAAAGGCCGACUAUUGGCACCGGAGGGCCUACAGGCUUCAGGACCACGAGCUACCUGCUUUCACCUUUGACCCCCUACCGUCCGGUCACUCUGCAUACCCGGAGGCGUCUCGCUCCCACGGCCACGCCCACCUGGACCUGAAGUACAGCAACAGCAGCAGCAGUGGCUACCAGACCCCGCACCAGGUCUGCCUCUGCUCCCCCUACCAGCCCUCMCCCUCUGAGAGCAGGGGUUAUGCCUCAGGCUACCAGUCUGAGUCCACCUCCCCUCUGCCCCCUCCCUCCACCCUGUCAGGCCCCUGCAGCCACACCAGAGGGCCAGCAGACCACCACCCCGAAGCCCACCCUCAGCAGUACCCAUCCGAGAGCCAGACAGAUGGAAGGGGGAUGAGUGAGAACGUGAGUUGGCGGGACCACAUCUCCCAGGGUUCCUUCAAGAGGAUGCAUCCUUCAAGAGAUGUCCCAUGUUCCACGCCCUCUGACCUCUCUAGGCCGCCCACCCCUGUUCUCACCAGCAGCCCUCUGUGCACACAAGAAAGCCUCAGUCUAGGUGUGCAAGAGUGUGAAGUUGGAUCGACUGACAUAGUCAACAGUGACUGUGAGUCUGUCCAGUCUCAGGAUAGGCCCGGCAGUGCUGCUGCUCAGGGGUCGCAGGUCAACCAGCAACACAUCCCUGACCCUUUACAGUCUACAUCCAUGACACCCACACCUUCCCCCACCCGACCCAACAGCCACUGGACCACACUGACAGCAACACAACCACCCUCACCCCAGCAGCCCCAGAACCACAGUGCUACACCUUCACCCCACCAGCCCCAGAACCACAGUGCUACACCUUCACCCCACCAGCCCCAGAACCACAGUGCUACAUCUUCACCCUCAACUACAACCAGCCAGCCCAGCAACCACUGCCACCCUGCUACACCCACUCAGACACCCACUGAGAAAGCUAGCCUAACUGGUCCAAAGACCACCCUUCCUACAGAGACUGCUAUACUGCCUCCUGUUGGCCAGCCCCAGUUCCAGUCCCCCAACCCUGUACCUGGAGCAUGUCCACUCAGGAAACUGACCACAGAGGUCCCUAAAUCCAGCUCCACCUCCACCUCGGCCACUUCCUCCCCCAAGCCUCCUAUCAGCAGUCUGGAAGGGUCCCCCUCCUCAGAACCUCCUGUGCCCGGCUUCGCCACCCUGGGCCGGAGGUUGAUGCUGGUCACUGAGCCCCCAGGACCCCUGCAGCACUACCCUGGCAUGGAGGGCAGCACCAGCGGGCACUCUCCAGCCCCUGAGGUACACASCACCCCCACAUUCCCCACCUCUGCCACCGGCUGCUAUCCCCAAUCUGUCCCACAUGUGCCAUACUCGAGCUACACUCCUGUCACCAUCCCCCAGCGCCCACUCCCAGAGAAGCGGGGUCAGUCUGCCCAGCCAGGGUCGCCUAAUUUCGGGGUGAGGACCCUGAGGCCAACCCCCUCACAGCACCAUGUCACCUUCUCUCCAACGGUGGGGGAGAUGGCGCCCCCUGCAGGCCAAGGAGAGGGAGUGCUAUCUCUGGAGAGUGAGAUGGCAGGCAGAGUCAGUGUUACGUUUGUCCAGGACAACUCACGCUUCUGGUACAAGCCUGGCAUCUCCAGGGACCAAGCCAUCGCUGCGCUGAAGGAGAGAGAACCAGGGGCCUUUCUUAUCCGGGACAGCAACUCCUUCCAGGGAGCCUAUGGCCUGGCGCUGAAAGUGGCCACCCCGCCCGCUAACCUCAACAACCACAGCAGCAGAGUGGUCGAUCCAUUGGAGCAGCUGGUGCGACACUUCCUGAUUGAGACGGGCCCCCGUGGAGUGAAUAUUAAAGGGUGUCAGAAUGAGCCCCAUUUUGGGUGUCUUCAGGAGACACUACCCAGAAGCAGUGUGACCUUCAGCAGCAUCGAACCCCAGAAAGGAGGUGGGCACUGGGAGGCCUAG